CCUUUGCACAGCGUCUUCAGGACAAACUACGUCGUAUCUACGCGACUAUCACAUGCACGCGAUCUUCGGAUGUUGCUGAGUACCGAGCAGCACAGCGGCCACCUCGUCCCUCUUUGCAGGUGCAUCAGCCGCGGCACGCCCCGCGCCCACGUAUGGAGGUACCGCCGAGCCCGAGGCCACCAUCUCCUAACCAGGCAGGAGGUUCUGGGUGGCAAAACCAGCAGCAGCAGGAGCCUACUUACGAGUAUUGGCAGCGUGGCGGUUUCGGCAUGGAGCAGCAAUUUCCCAUGCCUAACUUCGGGUGGCGUCCCCGUAUGGAUGAGCCAGAGGGUGAGGGACAUAUGUCGACGGGGUCCGGAUCACGAUCCUUCUGGUCCAGUGCUCACGAUCAGGACGAAACACAGCAGAGCUAUCAAGACUGGAUUUCAAGUCAACAACAAACUCCACCUCCAGAUCCCACGCAGUACAGUCAGCACGAGCAGGGGUACAUGCUUCCUCCCCGACAUCGCCAGCCACCUGUUCGUAUGUACUCGCCGUCACCUUUUCAGGCUCGACCGCCACCGAGGCGAGGUGGAGGGAGGGGCCGUGGUCAGUGAGAUGAGUACUAUUUGUAUGCACCAUGUAUGAGUACUAUUUGUAUGCACCAUGUAUGACUACUAUUUGUAUGCACCAUGUAUGACUA